AUGAAGAUUCACGUAGAUGAGGAAGAAUUACCUAGACUAUUAAAUAUUGAGAAGAGUUUAAUUAUGAUAGAUAAAAUUAUAAAACCAUUACUUGAUGACUCAAGCUUUGGCGGAACUUACAUCAUUGCCAGUCGUAAAGCUAUACACAAAUUUUUUGCUAUUUGA